UAGUGGCUGGCUCCUUGCUGUGAUAAUAAAGUGAAAUUUAAUCCCCCUCCUCCUUCAACUCAAAACAUAUCUUAUUUUUUUUUUUUUUAUUAAAAUAAAGGAAAGUUGUUUGACUUGGUUCAUCUGGUGUAUCUUUUUGAGAGAGAGAAGAAAUACACAAAUUAAAUUAAAUCAAAGCAUAAUCGUGCCGCCGCGACACAUUCAAUUUGGAUUAGAAAAUUUGGAUUAAAUAGAUCUCAAAGCCUGCACUGGAUAUAAGAGAGGAAAUAGAUGUUGUGUGCAGUUGGAAUUACAACAAGUUUAUUUGUAAUUUAAAACCGAUAUCCUAUGAUAUGCAUUCAACCAAACUACAACCAAUCCUACUAUAACCAUGACAUCCAAAUACGAACGUAUAAAAACAGAAUGCAAAAAGAAGGGUACCCAUUGGGAAGAUCCUGAUUUUGCAGCUGUUCAAACAUCAGUUUUUUACUACCAAACACCACCGUUUACAUUUCAAUGGAAGCGGAUACCAGAAAUUGCACCAAAUGCAUGUUUUAUGAAUGAAGGUGAAAAUUUCGAUAUAAUCCCGGGGAAAAUGGGUGAUCGUUGGCUUGUCUCAUGUUUGGGAGUUUUGUAUUCGUUGAAGAAUCUUUUCUAUCGAGUUGUGCCAGCUGAUCAAAGUAUUGAUAAUUCACAUGGAAUGUUUCGAUUUCGAUUAUGGUGGUGUGGUGAAUGGGUAGAAGUUUUAGUCGAUGAUCGAUUGCCAACAAUCAAUGGGAAACUAGCAUUUCUGCAACCACAAAAAUCGAAUUGCUUUUGGGCAUCUUUGUUAGAAAAGGCUGUUGCAAAAUUACAUGGAUCUUAUGAAGCUCUUAAAUAUGGCACACGAUCGGAUGGCCUGAGUGAUCUCUUGGGAGGCAUUGUUGAAAGUGUCCCAAUCAAAAUUAACAACGAUCCCAUCAGACCGGUCCAGCUGAGAUCGUUUCUAGAUACCACCUGUAUUGUAACCUGCAUCGCUACAAAGACCGCAAAUGGUCAGUACAAAAAUAUUAAUGAAAGGCUGUCAAAUGGAAUUUGUGUAAAUGUGAAUUACCGACUGUGUUCCUUAGAUAAGGUGGAAACUCUCCUCGGAGACGCUGUUCAAUUAGUUCGACUGAAAGAUCCUAUGGCCUGUGAAACAUUUGGUACAAAAUCCGGUUUCAAUGGUGAAUGGUCAGCAAUGUCCCAAUCUUGGGACAGAGUGUCAAUUCAAGAAAGAGAUCGUCUCUUGGGACAAUUGGAUGUUGGUGAAUUUUGGAUCUCAUUUUUGGCCUUUACACAAUCUUUUACAUUUCUCGAGAGUGUCCAUUUGGAUACGGAUACAGCCAAAGAUGAACUGUCACUGUCAGAUCGUCCCAAACGGUGGCAAAUGAAAAUGUAUCAAGGCCAAUGGCGUCGUGGUGUCACAGCUGGUGGUUGUCGAAAUCAUGAAUCUUUUCACAUAAAUCCUCAAUUGCUGUUGAGCAUACAGGAGAAGGAAGAAGUUGUGAUAGCCUUGAAUCAGCAUACGGCAAUUGAGCCAAAAGUCAUCGGUUUUACUAUGUAUAAACUGAAUACAGUCAAUAAAAAUAAAUUAACUGAAUGCCUACCAAAGGAAUUCUUCAAAAGUCAAGUUAGCUAUAUCAAUUCGGAUUAUGGUAAUACUCGACAUGUUUGCUACAGAUGUAGUCUUGAUGUGGGGAAAUAUCUACUUAUGGCAACUACAUAUGAACCUGGGGAAGAAUCUUGUUUUACUGUGAGAAUUUUGGGAAGUUCUUUAAGAUUAUCCCAGUUGGAAACUCAAACAAUGAUGUUGUUGGAUCCAUUUCCAGCGUUGAAUUUGAAUAAUGAACCUGAUAGUGCUAAGGCGAAAAAGUGCCAGUAUGAACCAGUUUUUAUGCAAUUGGCUGAUGAAAAUAAAUCUAUAAAUUGUUUUGAACUUCAAGAAUUGUUAGAAGCAUGCUUACCAAAUGAUUAUAUUAAAGGAUGUGCUAAUAUUGAUAUUUGUCGGCAGGUUAUUGCCUUGCAAGACAAAACUGGAACAGGUCGAAUAAAUUUCAUCCAAUUCAAAACAUUCAUGGUAAAUCUCAAGUCCUGGCAGGGUGUUUUCAAAAUUUAUACAAAAGAGAAAGCUGGAGUGUUGCGAGCUGAACGCCUUAAAGAUGCUUUAUGUGAUGUUGGUUUUCAAUUGAAUACGGAAAUUAUGAAUGUUUUAAUGCAUCGCUAUAUCCGAAAAGAUGGUACUUUGCGUUUGAGUGACUUUACAUCGGCCAUUUUACAUUUGACAACGGCUUUUGAAAUCUUCCAAAAGAAAGACCACGAUCAGGAUAAUGUAAUUAAAAUUGAAAUGUCUGAUUGGAUUAAGUCGGUAAUGAGGUGCUAAAAUAUUUCUUUUGUGUUAAAAUAAAAUGUAAUAAGAAAUUAGGUACAUAAUAAAUGUCUAUUUUGUUUAUAAGAAAAAUACAUAAAUACCUAUACAUAAUUUUUUUAAAUUUUUUUUUAGUAAAUAACGUUAU